UCCACCCUGAGUCUGCUGAGGAAUCGAGGAAGAAGAAACUACACCUUCUGCCUAGUCGAGAUAAACCUGAAGAAUUACUGCUCGAAUUCUUCUGAUUCGACUGAUCGGAGCUCGGGUAACCGUGGAGUCGAUAGCAAUUGGCCCGAUAAUGGCCAUUUCGACCGCAGUAGUCGCAAAAGGAGCAGCCCAGAGCCAUGGAGUGUGCCCUGUUCGCGUUUGGCAGUGGGGCCUUACUGAGGAUUUGCGAGCGGAUGAGGAAUUGGUGAACUUUUUUCCUCUCCUUAAGAGCCACGAAUUGAAGUCCAUUAGAAGGAGCGAAUACAUAGGACGAAUCAGAGGGGUGAUGGAUGACGCUCAGGAAGGAUUGCUGGCAAAUGGAAGCUCGGCUUUGCUAGCCGGCGAUGAGAAACGGUUGGCCUCAAGACCACCGCUUUGAUACCAUGUCAAGAAUCAGAAUUGGAGCGAAAAAGAUAUCUAGAUUCAUUCACUCAAUCGGUAUGUAUACACUCAGGUCUGUAAAGAUAAAAGGAAAGUAAUAUCUACUGCUAAACUAGAGGAUCCUAAGUAAAGCAUGUAAAGAUAUGUACAUACGUUACAAUGAAAAAUAAAUAUUUUCAUAAUAAAAAGCAUGCUAUAGUUAAAUAAGACCAAGUUGAUAUCUCAGAAAUGAGUAAUAUUUUCUGGUCUUUACCAAAAAGAAAAUGAAAAAUAACGGGGUAAGACUGAUGAAUGGCGGUAUUUAUGGGGUGGGGUCCUGCAGCCUGCAACGUCAAAGAAAAGAAAUGGAGGACAGUCCAUGAGAUGAGAUGAGAUGACAGAGAGCCAAAAAAGUGUAUGUAUAUAUAUAUAUAGAGAUAAACUUCAGUGCGGAGGCUCCUGAAAAGGGAAAAUUUGCGGAGGCCAAUCGGGAAUUGAUACGUCACAGUAUGUUGGAUUAUUGUUAUUAAUAAAAUACUAAAUAAUUAUUAAAUAAUAAAACACUUAUUUUUUAAUAUAAUAAGAAACUUAUUAAACUGUAACAAAUCUAUUCUUUAAUAAGAUAACUUAUUAUACUAAGUAAUAAAGUAACUUGCUAAAUAAUAAAUUUCUUACUUAAUAAUUUAUUUAUUUUUAAAAUUUUUUUUAUAAUCCAUAAAAGGUGACUUUCAAGGCCCGUACAGAGGCACUCCUAUAUAUAUAAAAGGGGGGAGGAGCAGAGGGAAAAGGACAUGUGUAUGAGAUAUCCCCACAAUUGUCCAAAACCGAGUCCUUAUCUGUCGAUUUAUUAGCUUCCUCCCAAACAACAUCAAUGCACAAAACCACGGACUAAAAAAAAAAUAAAAAUCACAAGACCAACAAUAAAUGUGAAUUUCAAACCGUUCUACGUUUAUUUUUCUUUAAAAAAGAUCUCGAAUUUAAAUAUGUUGAAUAAAAAAAUUAUUGAUUGAAAGAAUUUUACCUCUAAUGAAUAUAUUCAACUCGAACUGAAUUAGUCAAUUCUUAUUAUUAUAUUAGAAUACUAAAAUAAACACCGAAAAAAUCGCAAAACUUCAACAUAAAUAUAUAUUAUUAUAUAGAUCGACUUUCAUUAAAAAAUAUACUCUUUCUUUUUUAUUUUUGAGUGUAUAUUCCGGUAUCCGAUGCACUUCUUAUUCAUAUAUCUAUAUAUAGGAGAUGGCAAAGUGCAUAUUCUGGAUCUAAUCCAAGAUUCUUUGUGCAGGAGUGGGCAUAGAUUUGAAUUAUCUUUCUGCGACUACAAUUACAUGCAUAAAAUAGACAAUAUAUAUUACCAAACGAAAAAAGAAAAAGGAAUAUAUCCAAAGUAAAAAAAAAAAAAAGGGAACGAAUAUACAAAGUAAAAAAAAAAGGGAACAUACAUACACGUACAUAUAUAUGUAAAUAUGUUUCUGACUGGAGAUCAGUCCUAGCUCGUCCGUGCAUUGGUUUGGCUCGAGUCAAGAUGGAGUAGGUUUCAAAUCCUUGCAUUGCAUGUUAAGGUUGGCUCAUGUGACGUGCACUUCGUCAACUACGGCGUGCCGACGUACCUUUAUGCCCCGUAUCGCGGGCUGCUGGCUGCUCUUCUUUAUCCCAGAAGUUUGCAGCACUGAUGGGAAUUCCCUUUUAGCCAUCGAUUGAUUCUGAAAAAUUGAAAAAUUCCCUUUCCUCCUCUUGCUUCUUAUAUAUCAACGGUUCAUAGCCAAUCUGCUUUGUCUGCCGGAGUCACACAAAACAGAAUCCAUUGGCCUCUGCCUCUCUCUCUCUCUCUCUCUCUCUCUCUCUCUCCCUCUCUCUCAGGUUUGGAGGGAAGUAAAGGAAAUGGAAGAAGAAACGAAAACGCCAUUGCUGGUGGCGUCUACACAUAUCGAGAAGAAGGACCACUCUUUGUCGACUGAUGACCGUAACGCAGUCACUGCCCUGAGAAGUGAUUUCUUCUCGAAACUGCCCGAGAAGGUCCGGUCGGGCCUCGAUCCCGAGUCUCCGUUGGACAUAGAUCUCUCCAAAGCCACUGGCUUAGUCGAAGGGGAGAAAGAGUACUACGAGAAGCAGUUCGCCACUCUCCGGUCUUUCGAGGAAGUCGAGUCUCUCGGCUCGCUCCAUGUCAUCGUCGACGAGGAUCAAGAUCGAAACCAGCAAGCCCAACACGAGAGAGCCAUGAAAAUAUCCAACUGGGCUAACAUGCUCUUGCUAGCAUUUAAGAUCUAUACUACCGUGAGGAGCGGAUCCUUGGCCAUCGCGGCCUCGACACUCGACUCCCUGCUCGAUGUUAUGGCAGGAGGGAUACUUUGGUUCACGCACCUGUCCAUGAAGAGUAUAAACAUUUACAAGUAUCCCAUAGGGAAAUUGCGGGUUCAGCCCGUGGGGAUUAUAAUCUUUGCUGCUGUAAUGGCCACUCUGGGUUUCCAAGUGCUUGUCCAAGCUGUGGAGCAACUGAUCCGAGACAAACCUUCCGAACAUAUGACUAUGGAGCAAUUACUUUGGCUAUAUGUGAUUAUGCUGACAGCAACCGGAGUGAAGCUCGUCCUUUGGAUCUAUUGCAGAAGCUCGGGGAACAAAAUUGUCCGUGCUUAUGCAAAGGAUCAUUAUUUUGAUGUGGUGACGAAUGUAGUGGGAUUGAUUGCUGCUGUUCUCGGCGAUCAGUUCUAUUGGUGGAUCGAUCCAUCAGGUGCUAUCGUUCUCGCGAUCUACACGAUCUCAAAUUGGUCAGGCACGGUGUUGGAGAAUGCCGUCUCGCUAGUUGGACAAUCAGCUCCAACCGAAGUUCUACAGAAGCUCACAUACCUCGUCCUGAGGCAUGAUCCUCAGAUCAAACGAGUUGACACAGUCCGUGCUUACACAUUCGGAGUCCUUUACUUCGUCGAGGUGGACAUUGAGCUCUCAGAAGAUAUGCCACUAAAAGAAGCGCAUUCGAUCGGAGAGUCACUGCAGAUAAAGAUCGAAGAGUUAACUGAAGUUGAGAGGGCAUUUGUUCAUCUCGAUUACGAGUGCGAGCACAAGCCUGAGCACUCCGUCCUAAUCCGGCUCCCCAGCAGCCCGCCGCACUGAGCUUCUCAACCAGUCUGACUAGUCGCUAGGGAAGUGAUUACGGCGAAAUCUUGUCAAGAAUCUAUAGCCUUAUGUCCCGUACAACUCGGGAUUUCAAGAGCGUGAUAGUUAAGUUUUUUUUUUUUUUUUUUUUUUUUUUUUAAAGGCUUACUCAUAGCAGAUUGUGUAUUAAUAUCGAGAAUGCAUUAUAUAGCCUUAUGUCCCGGCAAGGACGUGCAAGCGGGCCCGAGUAAUAUCUCAUGGUGGCCGGCCCAUUAAGCGGGUCUGAACUUCAUCGGCCGAUGCCCAUUUAUCAUUGGUCUCUAUCGUUGGGCCUCGAGGAUCGUCGUUAUUCGUUUCGUGCUGUUUCGAGAUGAACAUGGUGAACCGAAUGCGUUGCAUAGAACAUAUGAAUUCUAUUCGGAAUGAGUUCAAAACGAUCACGGAUA